CAUUGCUACCGGUAGGACGGCCUUCGGUUUCGUUCCAUUUCGCGGCGUGGAUCUUGAACACUGCGCGGGCACACACAGUUUGCUAGAGACUGUUGAAUGGAUGCUGGGUGGUGGGCAGUUCAGUUCGCUUAGUCUUGAACUUGAAGUGGCGCGGUUCGGACGUUUACGUCGUAGUCGUCGUCGUUGUCGUCGCGGUCGUUGUCGAUCGGUCGUCGUCAGUUUGCUCUGAACCUAUGGAGUUGGAUUCGGUUCCAUUUUCGAGGUGUUGCAUAGCUGAACGGGGGCCUAAUUGAGUGAUUGGAUAAUUUCACGGUGUGAAUCUAAUGGGGAAGGAAGGUCAGGGUAAAUAAGUACUUAUGGAUAUGAUUGGCCGGGACAUCGAGCAGGAUGUAAUUUAGUGAGUGUGAUUCACCGUGUAAAUGUAGCGUGCUUGUGUUACCUGAGAUGAGGCUAUUAAUGGAGAAGUUAUAGGUUAAUGAUAAGCUGUGAGGUGUUUGUGGAUAACUUCAACAGUUUGAGAGGUGGAUUGUUGAUUUGUAAAACAACGGAUUAGACAUCUACCAGAUCAAUUCAAAGUGAAUGGGAAUCUAAAUCAUUAUACGUUAAAUUUUUCGAUCAACGAAUGUCCUUAUGUACUAGUGAUAAAAUAUUCGAAAAACUGUUGCUGAUCAGUUAAGAUCAGUGAAAAGAUCAAAUCUGCUGAAUACCAAGUGUCCUGACUAAUAGCAUAACGUUAAAUUUCGGUGCCGGAACAUUACCUACAUCGCACAUAAAAUUUAAACAAAAUCUGUGAAUAAGUGUAUUAAAGUGCUCUGCCAACCGAACAAAAUUUCUGUGAAUACAUUUCCCGCUUAUCGAGUUAAUAAACGUGCAAAGUAGGCGAUUAUCGAGAGCAUAAUUACAUUCGCUGUGUUAAAUGAUGAGCGAAAGUUUUCCUCGCAUACCUAUCAUUUUCCGCUCACUUGCGGGCCGUGAAUGAAUUUUUCAAUAGGAGGAAAAUAUUUCUGAGAUCGUGUCAAAUCGAAGUGUCUAUAUACAGAAAGAAAAUAAAAAAUUAUGCUGAUUCAAAUUGACAGAUUAAAUAUACAUAAUAACAUACAAUAAGUAUCUGUGCGUGGAUCGGUAAAAUUGAAAACGGUUCCAAUCAGCGUUGAGGAACGCUUUGAAAUAUGAGUGAAAUGUAUCGUGAAAACUUGUGAACCAUCGAAGCGCGAGUUGUGCUGUCAUCUUCGAUUACACCAAAGAGAAAAGGAACAACUUUUUUUUGCCUUGUCAAGUCCCUGGAGGCGGGCGGCUUAAUCCGUGCAGGGGUUCCGUUCCGCAGUCUCUCCAAUCGUCAGUGUAGGAAGUGGAAACGGCAGCAGAGGGAUUUCGCUUUCACACCAGGAUUACUUCAUAAAUAUACAAUGAAGUAGAACGAUUUUACUCUUAUGGUCAAGAGCUCGACUAUUGUUGUUCCUAUACCAGAAAAAGCCCUGUUCACACCUAAAACCACAUCGGAAAGCCGGAAUGCUGCUACGGCUGCGGUGGCUGUCGUCGUUCCGGAUGGCACCAAUUCCACACCAUCACCGUUGGCUUCACUUGGCGCAGAACGAAGAAAAUAAUAUCGGCUUUCGGUCCAGCAUCAGUACAUCAAGAACUUUAUCCUUUCCGAGGACACUUCCAGGGCUGCUGUUGGUGUGAAAACUGUAGCACACUUCGAGGGCGCUGAGAAGGAGAACAAUAAAGUUCACAACUGAAAACGGGAGCUAGCUGUGGGUGUUGGAGUGAACGUAUACCUGUCAGUAGCAGCUUUCGAGGCUUGAAAAUACGUAGAAGUAAGCAGAUAGUUCCAUUUGGAAGCGGCUGGUUGGAUAGCAGAGAAAUUAUUGAGUUAUAAUAAAGCAUUCCCGGCAAACCGUAGCCUUUUUGGAGCUGCAGCACCAAAAAUGAUAUCCCACAAACCAUUCACGGUCCCGCGAUUCACCGCCAUCGCACUGCUCACCGUGCUGGGCUUGGGCAACGUCCAGAUCAGCGGUGCCGGCAGUGCCACUAGUGCCACCAAUCAUCAUCGGACAUUCUAUCCUUCCGCAAGUUCCAGUCCGACCACCGCAGUCAUAUAUUCCGACGACAGCGACUCAAUGAAUCGAGCGUUGAUUUAUCCGAAAACAACAAACUCGCUAAGCCCACCCGCACCGAAUCAAAUAGGCGGUGUGGUUGCAAACAACAUAUCAAAAGGAAGCAGGCAGUGGGCACUGGUGAAGCGUGAUACAACAAAUCAACGGCGAUUGCCAGUGCUGGACCCGGGUGAUGCAUCAUCAUCAUCGGUCGAAACAGACGCGUUUCCGAUCCCAUCAGUUGAACCCGCGAUGUUGAAUUUUAAUGGGGCAAUUUGUCGCAACGGAAGCGCUUUUCAUCCGUCGGUCGGAGCUUGCAUUUCGCCACCGAAUGGCACAAAGUCACUAGGUGGCAGUGGCAGUGGCGAGAAUCAGACCGCUACAUCGUACUACACAAUCGUAAAUCUGGACAAUCACAAUGACGUUCUGUGCGACAAGGAGGAAUACGACGUCGAGGAGUACAACGAAAACUGCUUCAUCGAUCACAACGUGACCUGUGUCGGAGAUCCGUUGUACUGUAAUCUGACCUACGAGGAGUAUCGGCAGUUGCUGAUGGACUACAUCUACCCGUCGACGGGUGAAUGGAUCCUGAUCGCGUCACACACCGUGGUGUUCAUAAUAGGAUUGGUUGGCAACGCGCUAGUUUGCAUCGCCGUCUACACCAAUCACACGAUGCGCACAGUAACCAACAUUUUCAUCGUGAAUCUGGCGGUGGCGGAUUUCUUCGUGAUACUGUGCUGCCUGCCGCCGACCGUCGUCUGGGAUGUAACCGAAACGUGGUUCCUGGGCCAAGCCAUGUGCAAGGUCAUCAUCUACUUUCAGACGGUUUCGGUGACGGUAUCGGUGCUCACGUUGACAUUUAUCUCCAUUGAUCGGUGGUACGCGAUUUGCUUUCCUCUCCGGUACAAACCUCGACCGGAGCGUGCCUGGCGUUCCAUUGCCGUCAUCUGGCUGAUUGGUUUCCUAUCGGACCUUCCGGAGUUCCUAGUGCUGACGACUCGCAGAAAAAAGCUACGCUUCGACAUCAAACUGUUCACCCAAUGUGUGGCGACAUGGGACAAGGAAAAGGAGAAAACGUUCUACAUCAUUAAAUUUGUGUUCCUUUACUUGUUACCGCUUCUGUUCAUGACGGUUGCGUACAUUCAAAUCAUACUGAUACUGUGGAGGUCCGACACCAUUCCGGGCCACCGAGAGUCCCGGACGCAACCCUGUGGAAUUCACAGCACCAGGUCGACGUUGAACUGCGUGGGCAAUACCAGCACGAUGGGACAGCUGCGGGCGCGCCGGAAAGCUGCCAAAAUGCUGGUAGCCGUCGUCGUCAUGUUUGCCGGAUGUUACUGUCCGGUGCAUAUGCUGAAUGUGGCCAGAUACUCAUUCAACAUCGGCCAGAAUGACAUCGUCGCGGUCCUGUCGCUGUUCUCGCACUGGCUCUGCUACGCCAACAGUGCUGCCAAUCCUGUGAUUUAUAAUUUUAUGAGCGGUAAAUUCCGGCGGGAGUUCAAGAAUGCGCUGGAGAAGUGCCACUGUCUACGCAAUCCCCGGGGGCUGGGCGGCCGAGUCGGGGGUUACGACGACCGGUCGAUGUAUCACACAGCAACCCGGAUGAACAUCAGCCCCAGCACCAGAAGCAACUACCAGAUGACCAGUGUAAGGAACAUUAGCAUUAAGAACACUCAGCAAACAUCAUUCAACGGAAGUCGCCAUCUUCACAACCGGAACAGCAUCAAUCAUGCGGGUAGUUUAAAGGCACAGCAGAACUCCCCCGUUUCGCUGGAGGAGCGUAUGGCACUGACCAAGAACGUGGACGGCUGUGACCAGUCCGGUGGAGCAGCAAUACCCACUAACAACACCACCACCACCACCGCUUCCAUCGGUGGCAGUGGAGGCACCAUCGGGAGCAAUAAUUGUGCUAAUUACACAAACAACAAUAGCACCAACGGUAGCAGCAGCAACAACAACAACAACAACAAUCAUCAUCACCAUUAUCAUCAACAUCACGGAAAUGGAUCGACCAGUGAAGGUGCCACCGGCGCCACCACACUCAUGAUUGUGAACAAAUCGAGCAAUUGCAAGAUUAAUGGCACUUGACCGGCAAAGCUGACCGUGUCCUGGAAAAAGAAUCGAACGAACGAGGCUGUGGGUGCAGUUGGGAUGCAGUUGAAUUAAUGGAUUGCUUUUAACCCGAUCAUUUCGGGUCAUAUUAAUUAUAGCUAAGUGUCGUCAGAAGAAAAAAGUGCAAUUCGCGCUGAUGGAAACCAGGAGGUUGAGUUUAGAUUAGAUCGGACGAGUAUUAUAAGUCACUUACAAUAAGUACAAUUAAACGAUUUCCAAGUCGCUUCUAAUCAAACCUAGACCCUAUCUGUAGGAAAUAUGAAUUUCGCUUGUGUGCAAUUCUCGACCAAGUUAGGAUUAAGAUGUAAAUAUUAACUGUGAAAAUGCACUUUGAGGACAAAAUUCGGAGUUGUCAACGAGAGAAAACCUCUCUUUUGUUUGCUAUAAAUCAUCUGAGCUAAGCAGGUAAUGGUAACGGAAUUUCCCCGCAAAGUGAUUUUGAUGGUUAGCUUUUAUGCCCUAAUCAUAAGUUAAUCAAGAAUUAAACAAAAUUUCCUAUUUUACUUGCUCCACGGCCUCACUGCUUAUAACUAUCGUAGCAUGCGUUGAGUAUGCUAUCUCUUAACAAUACCUCACGUAAACUGUCCUGAGAUCCUGAAACGAACAUACUUGACAGCAAUAAGACAUAAUUUUUUCGAUUCAAAAGGCAACUAUGAAAAGUGACUUCUUGUGCAGGGCAGUUAUCUAUAAUUCAGCCAGAAAUACCCAACAAUGUAUUCUACUUUACGUCAUCCGAACUUACCAGUCGUGCUCCAUUACACCGAACGAGCCAAAGUAUCACCGGCGAAUGGCAAUAGAGAGCAGCAGCAAGGAACUUCAGGCAAUGAUUAUCCGCGCUAAUGCUCUCUGUCCAGCUCCAAACAGACAGAUUCCUUGCAAUUGUGCCGACAUACGACCGUCUUCAGAGCCGUAGUAGAUAUAAGAAAAUGAAAAUCCUUUAGCAAUCUGCCAACAUAUGUACAGCUAUAGGUCUUGUACAGUACAACAAAUGGAACAAACUCAAAAGCGAAAGCACCAGGGCGGCAGCAGAUCCAACCGACACGACCAUGUAUAUCAGUCAUGCAUGUCCCGCUGACCCACAGACAUCAUCCUAGAAAGAAAAUACCGAAAGAGCUCAGGAAAAUGGUUCCAUUUUCCUUUCCGGUUGCAUCACUAGACUUGAACUAAAAUUCCUUGAACAAAUCUGUAACAAUGCUUCAACAGCAUGUUAUACCGGAGAAUGAACUAAAUCCUCUGUAAAUAGUGUAUCUGUAUAACAAUUGAACAAGCAACCGUUAGCGUAAGAUUUCUGCUUCCACAUUUCUCCCUCCAUGGUCAGCAGAGUAAAAGAAGGUUUUUCCGAAGGCGUGUACAUUUUCUCAGGUGUGACGCCAAGGAACGAAACCACACAAUCUGUAAAUAUUUUCUGUACGUAUGUAUGUAUGUAUGUAAUAAAAUAACACCUAAAACCAACAACUUAGCCACUGUAAAUGGUAGCAAACGAUUACACUAUCGGCAAAUGAUGAGCUUUAAAACCAUUGUACAGUGAAUAAACGAGAGAUGAAGUACGAACCAAUAUGUUACAACUAUAGUAUACUAAGAAAAACAUAUAUGAUUAAGUAAAAGCAAAUCACAUUCGUAUUUACAUUAAACUAAUCAUCCUAGUUCUUAUAAUAUAGCAAAUAAACUUGACUUUUUGUGACUAUGAUCUGUUCAUUAAAAAACUUUUUUAAUUCAA